AGCUGGGGACAACURGUUGCUUAUGUGCUUAUGUAAGGGCUACGGUUAAAUGUUCAAAAUUGGUAAAUAGGAAUGUGUAGAUAAUGGCGCUUUACAUGGUUUCAAAUUCAUUACUAAAAAUGUCAUGUUCAAAUGGAAUAAGGAAUAUAUGCAGAGUUGUCCCUGCWGCUAUSUAUAUUGGRCGACGCUUUUGUCAUCAUUUGUCACAACCUCUAACUGGUGCAUUGUCUGAAGAGGAAAAGAUGAUAAAAGACACCGUUUCUAAAUUUGCUACAGAAAAAAUCAAGCCACUGGUACCUGAAAUGGAUCAAAAAUCUCAUAUGGACUCAUCUGUUAUCAAAGGACUCUUUGAACAGGGGCUAAUGGGUAUAGAAAUUGGUGCUGAGCAUGGUGGAACAAAUGGCACUUUCUUCAUGGCUAACUUGGUAAUAGAAGAACUUGCUAAGGUUGACCCCUCUGUUAGUGUCAUGUGUGAUGUCCAGAACACCUUGAUCAACACCUAUAUCAUGAAGUAUUGUAAUGAAGAACAAAAGAAAAUGUACCUACCACAACUAGCAACUGAUACAGUUGGUAGUUUUUGUCUGUCAGAAGCUUCAUCAGGAAGUGAUGCCUUUGCUAUGGAGGCAGAAGCUAAAAGAGAAGGAGAUUACUAUAUUUUGAAUGGUGAGAAACUGUGGAUUACAAAUGCUGAACAUGCUGGCUUGUUUAUUGUCAUGGCAAAUGCUGAUAAGUCAAAGAAACACAGAGGCAUAACAUCKUUUAUCAUACCCAAGGAUACUGAUGGCUUGUCAGUGGGCAACAAAGAGGAUAAGCUUGGAAUCAGGGCCUCAUCAACUUGUCCAGUUCACAUGGAUAACGUCAAGAUUCCUGMAAACAAUGUGAUUGGUGAAGUUGGCAAAGGCUAUUUAUAUGCUAUCAGUAUACUAAAUGAGGGAAGAAUUGGUAUUGGAGCACAGAUGGUUGGUCUUGCACAAGGAUGCUUUGAUGAAGCUGUCAGAUAUGUAAGAGACAGGGAGCAGUUUGGUCAAAAAAUAUGGAACUUUCAAGCGAUGCAACAUCAAAUAGCUGAUAUUCACACUCAAAUUGAGGCUGCAAGGCUCAUGGUGUACAAUGCAGCUCGUAGAAAGGAGGCUGGUUUGUCAUUCAUCAAGGAGGCAGCAAUGGCAAAAUAUUAUGCUGGAGAGGUUGCAACCUUAACAACAUCAAAAUGUGUAGAAUGGAUGGGAGGAGUAGGAUUUACGAAAGGAUUUCCUAUUGAAAAAUAUUACAGAGAUUGUAAAAUUGGAACAAUAUAUGAAGGAAGCACAAACAUUCAACUAAACACUAUAGCAAAAGAACUGGAAAGAGAACUGGAAYAUUAAUAUCAAAUAUUCCUUUUGCACUUAUUAUUAUUAAAAUUAUCCAAAAAAGGGAAAACUUUGAUUAUUGCAGUGACUCUUCGGCAAACAGGGACGAGUUGUAUGGAGAAUUGAUAAAAUUAUCCGCUCCAUAGAUUUUCUAUUUUUUAUCGCGAUCCUGUGAGCCCGAGCCUCUGUGUGAGAGCCACGAGCCUUAUUUUCGAGCCUGUUUCUUUAUCUUUUCAAAUCUCGACUUGGACAUUGUAAUCGAUUUACACGGUGCAAUUAGUACUUGUGCAGAGUAUUAAAAUGGAGAUCAACUUCGCGACGAAAAUGUGAUUAUUUUUUGCUGCAAAGUAAUAUUUGUAUUUCAAAAGCAACUCUAGCUGAGAUCUGAAAGCCGUGAUACUUCUAUUUCUCAAUGCAAAUGUUUUUUAGCUUAUGGACCAAUUCCAUAUGAGGCCUCGUGAAGUACCUUGUCUGUGCCGUAAGUACCGCCUCAACGGCAGUCACGACUUCGUCUAUUCGUACCAAGAGUCUCUGGUGCCCUCUAAGGCACUCGGGCAAGUUUCCAGAUUCUAUGGCUUCUAUAGUUUUUUCCGGUAAAAUUAUUUCAAGAAUAAAAUAAUACGAUAAAGUGGUUCACAUUCUUUGUAGCUACAACACACUACCAAAACUCAAGCUGUACUGAUAUGUGCAAUGGUGUUUUAUUUCAAGUAUGAGCGAUUGUAAUAUGGGAAUUAUUGUUUUGUAAUUGCAUAUUUUAUGGAAAUAUUUUACACUAGUCGUCAUAUGCAUGUAAUUUUGACUUUAAUUGUUUUUCUUUAUGAGUCUUAAAUAAACGAUUUGCAUGACACAGGGCUGUCAACUC